AUGCCAACAUCUUUCCUUCUCUCCUUUCCCUCGUCCUCUGCCUCCCUCCCUCCCUCUACCCCCUCUUCUCACCCCUGCCCUCUCUGCGCACCCCUGGCCCCUCCCUUCCCCCCCACCCACCCACCCACUCUCCUUUCUCUUCCCGCUUACUCCCUCUUCUCACCCCUGCCCCCCCUGCGCAACCGUGGCCCCUCCCUUCCCCGCUCCCUCCCUCCUCCCUAUCCCCCUCCCGUUCGCCUUCGUAUGUGCCCCUUCCCCCUCCUCCCCCUUCCCCCUCCUCCCCCUUCCCCCUCCUCCCCCUUCCCCCUCCUCCCCCUUCCCCCUCCUCCCCCUUCCCUCUCUUUUCCCUGCCCCGCUUCCCCCCCUCUGCUUCCCCUCCUGCACUUCCCCUCCUCCCCCUUCGCCCACUACCCCCAGAAAUCUGAGCUUCAGCACUCUGAAAGGGGCCCACUCCCACCUGCAUUGGCCAUAUGCACCCUUCCUGCCACUUUCUCUGCGCUCAUCAAUCUUACAUUCCUGUCCCUCAGUUACAAUGGGUUCUCAGGAGUCAUUCCGCCAUCCAUCUCUAGCCUCUCCAGGCUUCAAUACUUCCAGGUGCGCAGGAAUGCUUUCAAAGGGGAGGUCCUUCCAACUCUGGCAUCUCUUACUAAAUUGAUCUCCAUCGACAUUGCACAGAACCAGUUUAGCGGAUCCAUCCCCCUGGAGUUUGGAAACCUACCCAGCCUGCAAAACGUUGCCCUUGCUGACAAUCGCCUCUCAGGAUCCCUCCCGGCGACCCUCUCCUCCCUUGGAAGGCUUUCUCACAUCGAUUUCACCAACAACACUUUCAAGGGACCCAUCCUCUCUUCCUUUGCCAACCUCAACAACCUUUACAUGCUGUCUUUUCUGCGGAAUCAAUUUUCAGGGGAGAUUCCAUAUGAACUGGGAAAUCUUACCAAGCUCACUCUCCUAAGCUUCGACUACAAUAAUCUCUCGGGCACCGUGCCUCCGACACUUGGGAACCUCGUCCAUCUAACGAGCCUUGAGGUGCUGGACAGUGGGGCUGCAUGCCCCACAGGAGCCGGGCAGUCCUGCGUGGUCAAGCAGAGCCUCUCCUCCCAGUUCUGCUACCAGUGCAACGAGUUCUGCCCCUCCUGCAUCCCCAUCGCUGAGCCCACCCCUCCCUCUCCUCCUCCUCCCGCCUCCUCUUCUGGCCUGCCUGUGGGAGCAAUCGUUGGGAUUGUUCUGGGGGCUGCCCUAGCUGUUGCUCUCCUCGCUGGCGGCGUGUGGCUUCUCUGCAAACGAAAGUCCACUGCAGACGCAGGGAGGAUCAGCGAUCUGUCAGCAUGUUCUCACGGUUUUUCCAUUUCCACCACUCUGUGUGGGAGUGUGUCGCAGCUGAUGCUCUCCUUCCUGUCGGCGCCUUCUUUCUCUUCAAAACGAAGGUCCAUUGCAUGUGAAGUGUUGGUGAUGUGGGGUAGUGUGGUUGACGUUGGGAUGACAUUUGCCCUCGCUUCCACCGAGUAUGUGAGUCGUCAAACGGCACAACCUUGA